UGUUCAGAAAGAUUUUAGCGCUUGGUGAGUUAUGACGUGUUUACGACCGUGCUCUUCGAGAAGUAGAUUUUUCACAAGGCUGUAGCAGAAAUUGGAUUUCAGACUGCAUUUUCCUCCAUCUUGUCCCAGCCUUGGUUUGUCGUUUUUUCCCUUGAUUUCGAGUGAUUCGGCUACAAAUCGAAGUAUUUUCGCGAACAUUUUCGUGGUAUCACGCUGAGGUACCAUUCUCCGGCGGAGAAAAGUCGGUUGGCGAUAGUUUUCCAUGGAAUUGAGUUGGAAUUUCCAUGAGUCGCUGAGUUCAUCAUCACCGCCAUCUUAGAAAUCGAUUACCAGUUCGGAGAAAAUUUUACACCUUUACCAUAACGUGGCAGCUAAGUAGAAUAAAAUAUCGCUGAAAACGAGGAAAUAUUGCUGCAAAUUGCGCAAUAAUACUUAUGGACUGUUGAUCAUAGUUUGGGAAAUGUCUGCUAAUUUGUUAGUGGGCCGCCAGAGAAGAAUUCUGAGGAUUUCGAUUGUGAGCUGCGAAAAAUAAGACGCAAAAUGUUUCAUGAAUGAAGAAGAACAGUAAGAAGAAACCCAACGCGUGAACAGGAAACGAGAAGAGUUCGACAGUGACAGUGACAGCCGGAGGUGCGCACGUCAAACGACGAAUGACAUUAGAUUGCAUACAAGCUCUGCAGUAACAUUUGUAAGGCUUCCGGAUUUUUUGCACUCGAUCAAAAUGCCACGGAUAGACCCCCUCAAGCUUUUGGUGUGCCUCAGUGUACUUUUGGCUCCGAACGGUGGCAUCCGUAGUGCUAACGAAGUCAAACGCCUUGCCAACUUGAUGGCGAAGUUCUCCAAGAAACUUGUAUCCAAGUGUAUCUACAUACAAAUUUUGAAAUGCACCGAAACGGAACUGCUGGGUCAGUUUAUGGCUGCCGGUGGGUGGUCUUUGGUGCACAUGUGGCUGGGCGACGGAAUCACCACCAAGAACUGGCCCCUGAUUCAGGAGCUGCUGGAAUUGCUGCUGUGCUGUCCGGUGGAUGUGGAACGGCUCAAGAGCAACACCGCUCCGAAGCUGGUCAAAACCCUGUCCAAGGAUAGCACCCACGAGGGAGUUCGCCUGCUUGCAUCGAAACUUGUGGAACAAUGGCUCAAGAUUGCUCGCAACGACAUUCGGGCCGGAAAUCAACAACAGCAAUCAUCGUCCCAGUCACCGUCGUUGGUUGCCCAGCCGUCCGCCUCGGAUGACAAGUCCCCCAACCCGGAGCAACAUCAAGAACAGCAGAUCACCAUGCAGGAAGAGGUUGUGGAUGCACCGCACGAGGAGGUUCUGGACGAAACCGUUGUCGAAGAAGAUGAAGAAAUCGUACCGGAAGUUGAUCCUUUGGCAACUUCCAGCACGGAGCAGAUUGAAAAUGGCUCGGUAGAGGAAGAUUCCGAAGAUAAACCGGAAGAAGAGGAUGUGGAAGAGACGAAGAAAGCUUUCAAUGAUGCAGUGGCGGAAAGCAGCAACAAGAAAACUCCGCUGUUGUUUAAAAUCACGAUGAAAAAUGGUAAACAAGUGUUGGCUAAGGUUGAAUCUCCUACUAAGAAAAGUGCUUCGUCUGGUGUAGAAGAUGAAGAAGAAAGCGAAAAGGUCGAAGAAGAUGAUAGCAAAGAUGAAGUGAAAGAUGAAACUGUGGCAGAUAAAGAUACGACAAUCACAGAGGAAAGUGUGGCAGAGGUUGAGGAAACUGACUCAACGGAAUCUGUGAACAAAAGUGAUUCGGAUAACGCUGUAAAGGAUGAAAAGAAAGACAAAAGUGAUGUGGAUAAAGAAAAGAGUAAAGAUCGAAGAAAAAGUAGCGAUAAAGAGCGAAGCAAAGAAUCUAAAGAUAAAAGCUCCUCUAAAGAUAAAGAUAGGCACCGGGAUAAGGAUAGGGACAAGAAAUCUAGCAGUAGUGGUCAUAGGUCGUCAUUGUCCAAGUCAUCUUCAUCGUCGUCAUCUUCUAAACAUAACAGCAGUAAUAGUAGCAGCAGUAAGAGCAAAUCGUCAAGCACAAGUUCUAGCAGCAAGAGCUCGAGUUCAAGCUCUAGUUCGAAAGACAAGGAUAAGCACAACAGCAGCAGUAGUAGUAGCAGCAGCAGCAAGCAUCAUCACAAAAGUUCGUCGUCUUCCAAAUCAUCCAGCAGCAGCUCCAAGAGCAGCAGCAGUUCAAGUGACAAACAUCGAGAACAUAAAGAUAAAGACAAGUCUAGUCAUUCGAGCAAGGACAAUGACCCAAAACUGUCCUCGCCAACUAGCAAUAAAUUGGACAAAACAUCUAAAAAGUCGAAAGAAGGUGCCGACGAACGGGUAGCAUCGGAGGACAGCAAGCAAUCGCCAGUCCACAGCAACAAGAAGGCUUCGAUCUCCAUUGAAGUUCGUAACACUGAGCAUCGGCCCAAGACGGUGAAAACGUUCAACUCUCAGUUCCGCUCGCAUGGCCUGAUCGAGGAAGCUCCUCCUCCGCCGUCCCGUAAAGGUCUGAAGAAACCGGCGGUCACUACCCCGACGGCGGUGAUAGGUUCGACCGCUACCGGAACAGUCCACAAUCACAGCAAGCGGCCAUCGCCUCCCCCAUCGUCCAAGGAAGGACCUCCAGAGAAGAAGGCCCGCGAAGAACCGGCGGAACGACCCGGUGCAAUAAAGUUGAUUCCACCGAAAAGGCAACCAUCCCUCAUAGAGUCGGAUAUGUUCAUGGAUGCGCUUUCGGCUACGCUUAAAAAAGACGUAAAGAAGCGUAAGCGGAAACUCAGCGGGUCAGAAGCAGGCAAAGCGCACGAUGCCAAGACCCCAGCUGCACCAACUACCCCUACCACUCCCACGUCGGAGAAAGCCCCACUCCUUACAAAGGCAGCAUCACCGGAAAAGUCCGUCCUUCCCUCACCUCCGAUGAGCCCAACUACUGUGGACAAGCCAGUAUGUGCCGCUCCGACGCCAGCCGCUGCUGCACCUGGCUCACCGAAUGCGACAGAACCAUCGUCUCCAACAAAGGUAGUCGCAGCACCGAUGUCGUUCUACCGAGACACGCUUGCAGACAGCGAAGAAACUGCCGAAGACAAGAAGGAACAACCCGAGGAGAAAGUGCCAGAGCCCACCGAGCCAACAGAUGAGAAGCCAGAGGUCAAGACUGAAGCGAUCCCCGACACCCCGGCGGAGCCCGAUGAGGAAGAUGAGGAGGUAAUUAAGAAGCCGAAACGGCUAAAGUCAGAACUCAUUGACGAUGAUGAGGGAGACGAUAAGGCCGGUCUGAUCGAUGCCGUAGGCAAUGAUGUGGCCAAGAAGAUGGAGGAAGAGCUGCCCGUACAGAAAGUUCCCGGCCCUGGAUGUGGACCAAACGGACCACCCGGAGUGUUGGUCAUCCACCGUCGCAAGGGACCCAAGAAGCAACUGAAGUGGAAGGCCCAAGAAGAGCUCGAGGAAAUCCGGUACUUCGAACUGGACGUUACUGAACGGUGCAACGUAACCAGGACGUUCACUGAUCUCAAGCACAUGGAACGAGUCGAUGAACGAAACAAGUACAUGCUGGCGCGAAAGGUGGACGUCGAUGACAUGAUGGUGGAGCGAACGCCCUGGUUGCCCCUGAUAGUCAUCGAUAAUGUUCCCCCACACCCGGACGGUGUGAACAGUCAGGAGAGACGAAUCCAACAAAAUCGUGAACGAACCGUCCUGCAAGCCUUGUACUUCAAUCGGCACAUGAUUCCGGACUCCCCUGCCGAACCGGACGUCGAGGUGUACUCGAUCUCCGAACCUACCCAUAUCCCCAUGGACGACGUUACUGGUAAUCCGGAUUCCGUGAACGAUUUCACCAGCAUGCCUUGGCCGGAGCCAAAGUCUACUCCACCGCACGAAUCAGCCGGUUUCAACUCGCCAUUCUUCCCCGGAACCGGAAACGACUUCCCUCCAUUCGGCAACCAGAACAAUUGGGAUCUUCCCGGGGUGAAUCCGGGUCCAAUGCCAGGAAUGUUCCCGCCCGGCAGGAUGGGACCUCCAAUGGGUGGAAACAACGGAUCCCCCGGAGGUCCUCCAAUGAUGCGACCGAUGAACAUGCCCCAUAACAUGGGGCCAAACAUGGGAGGACCACCACAUCCGAACAUGUUCCAAGAUAACUUCGUACGGGGACCUCACCCGAUGCAGCAUAUGAACGAUCGGGAUGAUGAAAACUUCCGGAACGGACCACCUCCUCCACCGGCCUGGUUCGGCGGUAACAACAGUGGCGGAAUGAAUCGAGGCCCACCACCUCCCCACCAAGGCAACUUCAACAAUCGUGGAGGCGGUAGUGGUGGUGGUCGUGGUGAUUUCGAUCGCGGUGGCAACGACAGGUUCGGCGGUGGUCGAAGAGGAGGAGAUGGUGGCAACUGGAACAACCGGGACCACGAUCGAGGCGGUCCACGCGGUGGCAAUUAUCGACCUCCAUGGUUGAACAACAAUCGUGGUAAUCAAAGCGGCCAUCGCGGAGGGGGCCGAAAGUGGUAAAGAGACAACACAACCCCAAGUAAUAGUUAGAUGUAAUGAACGAACUACCCAAGUGAGCUUGUUCUAAAGCGAACUUACCUUUCUCUAGACUGGUAACUAGACACAUCGACCAAUAUCGAUUGGCAGGAUUCGAUUUGAUAGCAUUUUAUCAUUUUUUUUUCUACGAUUAAGUCGGAAAAGCUACUUCAGUAGACCUAGAAGGUACAAAUUAGUUACACAAGCCUGAUUAGUUGUAAUAUAAGUCUUUAGGUUUACGAUUUGAUUUGAAUGAUUGAACAAGCAUUAGGGAUUAGUUCUUUCAAAUGUGUAAAUAAACUGCGAACGCAAUACAUAUUAUGAAUUUGUUGUAUAUAGCCUGUUUGUUUAUAAUAUAAGCAUUGACGUUUUAUAAAAAAAUAUUACCAAAAAUUAAAUGAA